UUUAAUAACUCCGUCAUGCUCGUGAUUAUAUUUUUUUCACGCUAGCUCUCGAAAUUUCAUGCUGCGAGCUAUAAAAUAAAGAUAUUUUCUUCAUCGCGACUAUUGAUACUUAUUGAGAGUAACAAGAUUGAUCAUGAAUAAUCCGGGACAAAAUAUGGUUACCACGCAUAUAUGCAAGAGCGGAGGAGAAUACAUCGUCAAGAUGAGGGUCGUCAGCCUAGCUGGGGAAUCGUCGACAUCGCGGCGCAGCUUGGACGUUACCGUCACCGACAAACACACUGCCGAGAAUUGGCAGUCCUCGUACGACGUCGCCUGUCUAUUGGGACCUUCACCCUUGAAUGAUUAUCUUGUUUCAGCAGAUAUUGAAAAUCUCACCCACAAAACAGGAAAUUACAAACAAUUUGACAUAUUCGUAGCCAUGCUGCAGUCUGGUUUGUUAAAAACGAGCGACUGCGUGUCCCUCGACUUGCUAACUUUUGACGAUCUAGAGCUCUUGCGAUGCCGUAGGACCGAUAUUGGGUCAGAUUAUUCAAUGGCUGGUCCUAAGAUAAGCAACAGGCGAUAUUUGAUUAUUACCUACAACGUGGAAUUUGACAGAAUCCAUUAUCCAUUGCCAUUGGAGUAUUGCGGCCCACCUGACACCGCUGUUCUACAGUCAACGAUAAGAAAGCUAGAGGCAGAAUUGGAGAAACUCAGGUCAUCUGGGGGUGGAAUUGAUGAUCUUCGUAAGAAAAUUGAACUGCUAACAGCAGCCAACAAGAAACUUGUGGAAGAAAACCACAGAUUGUCUAAUGGCGGUCGAGGAAUUCAUCGGUUACUCGGAGCUGUGAAAUCCUUGGAACGGUCUGUGGCUGAAGAGCGGGCAUCGUUUCGUGCUCGAAUACAAAAACUGCGUACUGAAAAUUCCAUUUUGGUGGCAAAGUUGCACCGCUUGAGCGAAUCUGUCGAUAGAAAGCCCCGAAGAUCAAGUCCUACGACGCUUCCAUUUCAAAGCAGAUGUUUAAUGGGUAGACGACGUAAGAGUCGAUCGGCAUUGGGUCAUGGUCGAUCGAAAUCGGCCAGUUCCUCGCCAGGCAGUUCCUCCGUCGACUCAAUCAAGUCCGUAGAGUCAACUCGCCAAGGAAUCAUAGGAUGUCGUCGGUUGAAGACAAAAGAAAUAGACUUUGGAAAUUUGGAGUCUCGAAUUCACAAAUUGCAGAAGAUGCUCAAGGAUGGAAUCAACAUUAAUUAAACUAAUCCGACUUUAUUCUUCAACGAAUAGAAACAGGUAGAUUCAUAGGCAUAUU